AGUCAGGAAGUUGCGCAGUGAACUCACAGACGCCACCAUCAACACAGUCAUGUUUGUGUAUUUUCAUGUGUCUUGUCUGAGUUAGACUGUUGGAGUUCCCGUGUUUUGGGGGAGCCAGCGUCGAUCAACAGCCGCGGCACGACUUCCAGGUUGACGGAGUGACAUUUGACGAGCAUGGCGGACGGUCCAGAGGCUGAUGUUGAUGACCCGCCCAGUGUCAAUUUCCCUCCGCUCAUCACUGUGUCUGAUCUGCCCAGUGCCACUGCUGCAGGCCGUAACCUAAAAGAAUGGCUCCAGGAGCAGUUCUGCGACAAACCUCUGGAGCAGGACGACAUGCGGCUGCACAAUGCAGCCUACGUUGGAGAUCUGGACACCCUGAGGAACCUGCUGCAGGAGGACGACUUCAGACGGCGUAUCAAUGAGAAGUCUGUUUGGUGCUGUGGCUGUCUGCCCUGCACCCCUUUGAGGAUCGCAGCCACCGCAGGGCACGCCGCCUGCGUGGCCUAUCUGAUCGCCCAGGGAGCCGAAGUGGACCUAGUUGAUGUAAAAGGUCAAACAGCUCUCUACGUAGCUGUGGUGAACGGUCACCUGGACUGUGUCCGGAUCCUCCUGGAAGCCGGUGCCGAUCCCAACGGGAGUCGCCACCACCGCAGCACCCCACUGUACCACGCUGCACGGGUUGGAAGGCUGGACGUACUGCAGGAGCUCAUCAGGUUCAAUGCUGAUGUAGACAUGGACCACCAGCUGGGUCCCCGGCUCCUCCUUAGUGCUCGGACCCUCAACACUCUGGUGGUGUGUCCUCUCUACAUCAGCGCUGCCUACCACCACCUGCACUGUUUCCGGCUGCUGCUCCAGGCCGGCGCUCAGCCUGAUUUUAACUACACGGGGCCAGUCUGCCAAGAGGCCCUGACCCGCGGCCUGGCCUCCUGCCUGCUGGAUGCAGUGCUGAGACACGGAUGUGAUGUGGCUUUCAUCCACCUGCUGCUGGACCACGGGGCCAACCCGGCCCUCGUGCCCUGGGACGGGUCAGAGCUAGAAGCUCCUAAUCGGAGGAAAGUUGAUCCAGAGGCACUCAGGAUCUUCCUGGAGACGAAGAGAUGCCCUCGCAGGCUGACACACCUCUGUCGCAUCAAGAUCCGCAGAACGAUGGGCAAGAGUCGGCUAAAGCACAUACCCUUGUUACCGCUACCACAACCCAUCAAAAACUUCCUGCUUCACCAAAACUGACAACAUCCACCUUCUCUUCUACUACAGAGCUCUUCCAAACCCAAACCUUUAAAAACCCCAGUCAGUCCCAACACCAAUCACUAAAUAGAGCCAUUCAAGUCAUUAAUAUUAUUUUUUCACAUAUUUUGAAGUUAACACAACACUCUUAUCUUUCUGUUAUUGUUCUAAUUUAUUGAAAUGCUUCCUAACUUAUCAGUAUCAGAAGCCUUAGUGUGUCCUGACUUGUGGAAACUGUGUGUGUAUCCCAAGUGUCUGCCUUGUGACUUCCCAAAUCACUGGGAUUUGUUCUGGUCCUGCUUCAAGUAGCACUUUUCAGCUUAAGAGCCAUAGUGAGAAUGUCAUUUGGUUUGAUCAAUGACUUGCACAUGUCAUGUAAUAAAUAUCCCACAACGGCAACAUUACCCAGAUCCAGCUCCAUGAAUUGCUCAUUUAUCUGUUUCAGGUAAACUUAGAUUUUAUCAUUUUUACCAACUCUCAGCCAGAGUGAAUGGCAAAGUGAUCAUCAAAUCUAAAUUCAUACAUUUAAAUUGUAGUAUAAAUGCUCAUUAAUGUAAAGUGCAAGAAUAAAAAGAGCCCUGUAGAUUAGAUUUGCAUUCUGAAUCUGUUUCUUUAGAUGCAUUUAGCACUUUAAAUUGUUGGCCUGUGUUUACAUUUGAUGCAGGGUGGUGAUAGAUUAUUUUUUAGCCGUAUGCCUUAAUAUUGAGUUUUGGAAAGGCCUCCAUAAUUAAUCAGAACAAAAAUACUAAAGGUAGAAUUGUAGAUUUUUAUGGACAAAAAAAUAGCAAUUUAAAGUCCUGGAUCUUAAUGGAAACACUGCUAGCAGGAAAGAAAGUUUACAUUUGUGCUCUAAUUACUAAUGUAUAUGUUACCAUUAUGUAGAAGAACUGUACUGUUUAAGCAUAUUUACAAAAAAAAUGAAUGUGAAUAAUGAAUAACUUUGUGUUUAUUGCCCAGAAAGCUGCAUUCUCUGUGAGUCUGUUGCAACUAUUGGCUUCUGUGGUAAACAUGAAAUGUCAGUGUGUUUUGCUUUGUGUGGAGUGGACUCUUCUUUGUUUGCAUCCAGUAAAUAUAUAAUACUUCUA